AGCUGUUAUACCGAGAGGAGCCUUCUCCCGUCUUGUGUAGCGAGAAAUUCCUCCACGAAGGACUAGCGAGUCGUUCCACCGCGGGCUGUCUGCCCAUCUAGAUUGGGUGACCGUUGAGUCCUUUCACUGAGCGAGGCUUCUGUCCACGAAGCUUCAGGAUGUAUUGUAACUGUCUUGCUGGCAUUUGUUGCGAGCCCACGAUAACGCGUUAUUGUCUCUAACAGAGUAUCCGCAGAUACUACCCACUGACAGUGUAUGGUCUGUGGUUUCUCUAAGUAGCUUGAUUACCUGUUGCCGGUUAUGUAUUCAGGUGAGGCAGCACAAGAGCGCACAGGGAGGAUGGAGGUACUUUGACACCCCGUGUGCCCAUUCAUCGCCAUCGUAAAGGACGGAUUUAACAGCAAUCACGACGUCGUGCACGGGAAUCACUGCAUUAUGAAACAUCGGAAGAUUCAGUUGAGGAUGGAGGUGCGAUGGUACAGGUAGCUGGGGACUGGAUCAGGAAGAGGGGUUGCUGCAGGAGUUUGUCAAGGGUCUCCCAUCUUCCUCUUAUCGAUGCGGGGUCGGCAUUCGGUUGACAGUGGACUGACUAACCAAUAUCUUGGCAAUGUCGCUGCAGCUGAUUUUUCUGGUAUAUUGUCACCGUGUUCGAAUACGUGCAGGGAGCGGCGGGUAGAGUCGGGUGGUGUUGUGCCGGGCUACACGAGAUUUGAUGGGCGAUGCCGCGCGGUGUAGUGCCCCGACCUCUCGGGAGGCAUCACUGUGGCUACCAAGAUUUCGUAAGAAGGGCGAGAAGAUCCUGCACAGUAAAUACAUCGUCAUCUUUGUCAUCAUCCUGACCAUCACCGACUGCGCUCUCGUCAUCGGGGAGCUUAUUCUAGAUCUGUACAGUGUUAAAAAAACUCUGAGGACCAAUGCCGAUCGGACUAAAGGUUUCGUGGAUAACAUACGAAACAAAUACCCAAGGGAGUUUUCUCCUGGUUAUAUUGACGUGGAUGCUUUCUAUAACAGGAUAGUAGCUGCUAGAAUUAUGUGGAGUUCAGGCGAAAACACGACGGCCGCGGAAUACCUCAACAUCGGAAAUGACUCCAACCGUAUAGGGGGCGCUCGCGAGAGGCGGGAAACACAAGGUGCUUAUUUCACAGAGGGAAAUUACGGGAGCUUUAACAUAUCCAAUGACAGUACAAUCAGUGAUCACGUGACUUCUGCCGGAUACAAGCAGCACCACGAUGAACACUCUCGGGCGACUCAAAUCGCCCAUAAACUCCAUUAUGCGAGUCUUUGUGUGCUAUCUAUUCUUCUAAUAGAGGUUUCCUUAAAAAUACUAUGCGCGGGUUCACACUUUGUAAAAAGAAAAAUAGAGGUGUUCGAUGCACUAAUCAUCCUUGCGUCCUUCAUUGUCGAUCUGGUGUUCCUCAAGGGGCUUGCAGACUUUGCUAUUGAUGACUCCAUAUUUAUACUCGCCUUCCUCCUUCCCUGGAGAGUUAUACGAGUCGUAAAUAGCCUGCUGGUAGCUGUGAUCGACCACGAGCACGUCAAAUUACGGCUGCUGUACAGUCGGAAGAAGAAAUUGGACAAGACUGUCGAGAAUCUCCGGAACGAGGUUGACGAACUGAAGGGUCUACUUCAAGAUGUUCGGAGUUUUUGUGUAAAAGAAGGAUUAGAAGAAUGGAAGCUUGAUAAUCUCUUGGGAAGAUUCGCCCCAAGACGCCGAAAGGACUCCAAGUUCUACACACUGGUGAAGCUAGUAAUGAGCACAGCGUCAGUGGCUGACGACAAGGACUCCGUCAGUUCCUCCUCCAUGGAAAUGGAGAUUAAUGAGUUUGCUCGCAGGAACACAGUGCUUAAUGACGAAGGGAGCACAUGCACCAGUAAUGAGAACACUGUCAGCAGUAUAAACUUUCUCACCGUGCCCACUUACGACGAAUGCCGGUCCGUGUCAGACAACGAAAGCGAUAGGGGCGACUCUUCUCGACGAAGCUCCUUUAAUGACUAUAACUCUGCACCGAAGAAAAAACGAAAAAAGUCCCCAAAUCGUGUGAAUUUCAAAAUACCCUAGAACAUAUGGGACCUCGUUUUUAGUUACGGACGAAAGAUGUGCAUUGGACUAUUUUGAUACAAAAAUGACCUCAAGGGGGGAAAAGUUAAUUUUAGUGGUUUGUGAUGGAAUUCCUGUUUGACCAUUCCUACGCUUUUAAUGUGCUGCUAUAUUAGAGAUAAUAAAGCAGGGAAACAUUUUAUACAAAAACCUACUGAUCAAGGAAGGACGUACAAGACUCAUUGGCAUGAUCGUGUAGGUUUUCAAAUGCAAGUUAAAACCCGGAAACAUAUCCAUGACAGAAAAAGCAUCACAACGUUCUGCAUAUAACCAUGUUUCAGCCUGUAACAGGUUGUGUUUUGGAUUACACAGAAAACACAUUGUGUACUCAUACUAUUAAUCGGUAAUCGGUAAUGAGAUUUAUAUUUUGAAUCCAUGUAAGAAAUCGAACCCGAAAUUCGCUAGGUGAGAACGCUUUCACUCUUAGGCUACCUCGUUGCCCGCUUCUGAAAGAAAACAUGACGCAUCUGGAACAAGAGGGAAAAUCUAUAUUAAGAUAUAAACAUAAAACGAAUAACAUCAAAGUAUGCGUAGAAUUGGCAUGAUUUGAUGUGUUCAGAUCACUACCAACAGAAAAAGGUGGACCUAUUUGCAAAAAAAACUACAAUUACAAAGUAAAUGCAUUUUAGCUUUCUUAAUGCUUCAUUCUGCCAUUUACAAAGCAUACCAUAACGCAAAUGCGUUUUGGAGCCCAAUUUUCAGGAGGAUCGCCAGACAUAAAUCGAUUGUUGUCACACGACGUGUGAGCUUGUAUGAAAUGCCAGAGUUCCAAUAUCCAGCUAAUUGGACAUUAUAGACUCUGGCCAGAUUCGAUUCGGCCCCAUAGGUCAGCCCGAGUAGCUCAUUAGAUCCGAGGGGUGUCCGCAUGAUAAAGACAAUAGUACAAGUGCCAUACUUGUCAACAGUGCAGAACAUAAUGUCCUAUCCUACUGUGAUCUUCCAUGGACUGACCCUGGGGCAGAAUAUAGGUAUCAGGAUAUCGUUACAUAUCACUAUUUUAUUGAAUGCUUAGGGAAAUGUUUUAGUGUAUAUUAUUCUCAUAUGAAUGCUAACUUUUGUAGCAACCCCACAUAUUUGGAUGGAAUAUUUCACUUUAUGCUUAAAGCCUACCACUUUAUGCCGUAACCCCGGACGAACAUGAGUAACCAUUUCAUUAUUGAUCUUGUGACAAUCGAAGCUACCACACCGUCGGCGCAGAAUGACCUUGAAGUGACGUUACGUCGAAGUGUGUGACCAACCCCCGCCUAUAUAAGUGUCUGACUGGCUAUUGUGCCUUGUUGGAAUUCCUCCAGAGCUUGUGGAACUGUUGUUCGUACAAAGUACACAAAACAGCAGGAAAAACAUUCCUUCGAAUGACAUUGUUUUUGAUUUGAUGAAAACAAAAUUGGUUCACACAAAUGACAGUCUGAAACAAAAAAGUUACAGUUUGACAAUCUCUUCUCGUUUUAGAGUUAGUUUUUGUUGUUGUCGUUUAUAUUUUCUAAAGAGGUCGGGGGUUG